UUAGGAGAUUGCGUAACUUGAAGGGAAGGCAAACGAAGUAGAAGACAAACAAAAAAAAAAAAAAAAUCUGAAAAUUGCAUCGCAAUGGCAGGUAGGUUAGUAAAGCCGCUACUUGACCACACGUCACCAUCAUGUCGCGUACUCAUCUUCCUGUUGGAGGAAAAUAUGUUGAGCGGUAAGCCGUAACGUGGUGCCGCCGCCAACGGGAACCCGCUGUGCGGCAAACGGAAGGUUAGAACUCCCCUCGGAUCGUCGCGGAGGGGCUGAAGAGGAGGCAUUUUGGUGGUGGAGAAAGCUAAGAUCGGUGUUUCGAUUAGGAUUGCUUUGGAGUUGCAUUCGAUUUCGGAGAUGGGAUGCGUCUGUUCGAGGCAGAUCAGGAAGGAUACAGAGGCGACAAAGGGCGAACUGUAUGGUGAUAGAUUUGUGGAGGUCGGCUUCCGUGGAGAUCGGAAGACCAAUUACAAGAUUUUUGAUUCUGGCGAGCUCCUGGUGCUGCCGGCCAAGGCUGUGACGGGAAAGGUAUCAGAAUCAACUUCAAUCUUGGGGCGGGCUAGCAUUGCUGGUCUAGAGAAAGCUGUAGAGGUCCUUGAUACGCUUGGAAGUAGCAUGUCAAACCUGAAUCCUAGCAGUGGAUUCACAUCUGGAAUUCCAUCUCGAGGAAAUAGAAUUUCAAUCUUAGCAUUUGAAGUUGCAAAUACUAUUGCUAAAGGUGCUAAUUUGUGGAGAAGUCUUUCAGAUGAAAACAUCAAUACUUUGAAGGUAGAAAUUUUGCAGUCGGAUGGAGUGAGAAAACUUAUCUCUGAAGAUGCUAAUGAAUUGAUUUGCAUUGCUGCUCUGGACAAAAGAGAGGAACUUGACCUUUUCUCGAGAGAAGUAAUUCGCUUUGGGGACCUUUGUAAAGAUCCAAUGUGGCAUAAUCUCGGUCGCUAUUUUGAAAAAUUCAGUAUGGAUACAACUUCUGUGGAACAAUCAAAGAUGGAGGUAGAAACAACAAUGCAAAAUUUGAUAAAUUUGGCUCAGAAUACUUCUGAGCUUUAUCAUGAGCUCCAUGCACUAGAUAGAUAUGAACAAGAUUGCAGAAGGAAGCUUCAAGAAGAGGAGUUGAUUCCUGCAUCUAAACAGGAGACUUCUCUGAAUAGCGAACUCAAGCAUCAAAAGAAGCUAGUGAGGAGUUUAAAAAAGAAAUCUCUUUGGUCCAGAACCUUAGAGGAGGUUGUGGAAAAGCUUGUUGAUAUCGUAGCAUUUUUUAAUAAGAAGAUUUGGGAAUCAUUUAAAGCUCCCGGUAGCAACUUGCUCAACCUUAAAGAAGCUCUGAAUGGAAGCUUAGGUUCUUCUGGUCUUGCAUUGCAUUAUGCUAACAUCAUUAACCACAUUGACAACAUAGUAUCCCGACCACUUUCACUUCCACCAACUACAAGAGACAACUUGUAUCAGGGAUUGCCAAUCCGAGUGAAGACAACUCUACGUGCCCGAAUUCUGUCUUCUGAUGCCAAAGAAGAGUACACUGUUCCUCAUGUAAAAGCUGAAAUGCAGAAGAUCUUACGGUGGCUCACUCCAAUUGCGCAAAACACAAUUAGAGCACAUCAAGGAUUUGGAUGGGUAGGAGAAUGGGCAAACAUGUGUAUUGAGAUUAACCAAAAACAGGACAUGCAAGACUGUAUUAUCCGCAUCCAAACACUUCAUUAUGCAAAUAAAGAGAAGACCGAGGACUACAUAUUAGAAUUGGUGGUAUGGCUCCAUCAUCUAAUUACUCAGGUGAAAAGCAGGGGAUUUAGGUUGAAGUCAGUUGAUACGGUCCAAAGUCAACCGCAAACAAUGGCAUUUCGAGAGACUGCACAAGAUCUAUCUCAGGAGUACAAGGGUCAAGUUGACAAUCUCAAUUUUUUAUCAGAAGAAAUGAAAUUGUUGGAGCAAGUGAGCUUAGCGAAUAUCAGAUUAGGGAGAAGCAAAAGUUUGAACUGCAGGAGCAAAAUCAACGUGAGACACAGGAGUUUAACCAGAAGCUGUGGAAAUUCUCCAGAUAAGGAGUUCAGCACAGCAUUAGACUGGCGGUCGGAGAGGUCGAAAUUCUUGGAUGUGAUGGAUGGACUCGACGCACUUGGUACACUACCAAUCGUUCAAUUUUAGUUCACUGGCACUCGGCCUUUUCUUAUUGUAAAUGUUUUGAGGAUUUAAUGAUUCAUUUUGCACCUGUAUAUUGUUUACUUGAUAUCAGGUAUUGCACAUGUAUGAAACAGAGCAACGAGAAGAGUCGUCCAUUAGGUUAGCCUCCGUUUACAAGGGCAAUUCCAGCAGGAGAAUGAUUUUGA